AAAUGUUAGAGGCACACCUCCUCUACAGGGACGCCGAAAACGCUUUCUGGUCGUUAGGCUGUUAACUAGAUAAAUUAUUCACUUUUUUUUAGAUGCCUGUCAGGUGUUGUAUUAAAGAGACAAAGUGACAGUAGUCUAACACGAGGACCAUAGACUGUAUGGUCGGGACCUACAUUACAGCACUCGACAGUGAUGUCAUCGGCCAAGGAAGACACGUUAUCCCCAGAUGAGCUGAGGAAAAGACUGUAUCAAACGUUUAAAAGUAAAGGAGUGCUUGAUACGCUCAAAACGCAGCUGCGGAAUCAGCUCAUCCACGAGUUAAAACACCCCCCUUUGACUGGAGGAGAACCAGUUCCCAGAACAGUACCUGGGAAAUCUGAACCCUUUUUGGUCUCAGCCUGCAACAGCAUAGUGGCUGAUCAUCUCCGCAUCUCGGGGUAUGAGUACACCCUUUCUGUAUUCUACCCUGAAAGUGGCCUGUGCAAAGACAAGGUUUCCACUAAGGGAGAGCUUCUUCAGCUUCUUAAAAUUAGUCCUGAAUCAGCCCUUUACAGAUCCCUGUUUUCAAACAAAGAGAGCAAUGAUAAAGGGUUCCUGAUCAGCCUUCUAACACAGCUAACACACCAUUAUACUCACGGCCUGUGCCAUGAUGCUGAUACUCAGACAAUCAGCGUAGCAAGUUAUGGAGAGUCUCUUGUUGAGAAGAUGAAAAUGAUUGAUAAGGAAUACGAGAGCUUCAACUACAGUGGGGAUAAAUGGUUUUCGCUCCAAUCAAAACUGGCUGCAUAUAGAAAAGAAACUGAAGCACAAAUGCAAGCAGAAAUGAACACAAAGAUGCAUCAUUUUAAAGAUGUUGAAAUCGCCAAGGUAAGGAUGGAAGAACAAGCUAAAUUUCAUAAAGAAUUUGAUAAACUGAAGCAAGAGCUGGAGAGGACUUACGAAAUGAAGGCAAAGACAUUGAUGGACCGGGAGAAAAAUGCCAUUGAUCGGUUACAAAAACAACAAGAGAUUGAAGAAAAAAAUGUGUAUAUGCAGAGACAAUCUGUCCUGAAAGAAAUUGAAACACAGCGGAGCAGAGAAAAUGAACUGAGGAUGAGAAUGGAGGCUUUUGAAAAGACUUGUCAAAUUCAUGAGGAGAAGGUCAAGACCACGGACGAGCUGCUGAGGAGGAGAGAACUGGCACUGAAGACGAUGGAGGCGACAUACGAUCAACAGCUGAAGAAUGAACUUUCCAGGUAUCAGCUUGAGUUGAAGGAGGAAUUUGUCAAGAGAACAGAAAAACUAACCAAGAAUGAGAACAGAAACAAAAUGGAAACUGCUCGUAUCCAAAAGGAGUCUGCUGUAAUUAAUGCCAAUUUAGUGGAGCAUAGUAGAGCAUGUUCAGAGCUGAGACGGCUGCAGGCUGAGUUAGAGACAUCACAGCAGCAGCUUUCUCUAAUGACUCAACAGAAGGAGCUGUUAAGGGAAAGACUGGAGACCAUGAGUGACUACCCCAGUUUGAAAAGAGAGAAAACAGAGCUGCAGGGGCAACUGCGACUGCUAAAGAAACAGCUGGAGGAGGCCCAAGAGGAGAACCGGCUUCUCCAUGCAGAUUUAGCCAAGCCGUCCAAAGAGCAGCUGGCCCUGCAGAUGGAGCUACGGAGGCUACAGAGCGCUCGCAGUCUGGAUGAGGAAGAGUUUGACAACCAGAAACAGGUGCUGCAGGCACAGCUCCAGAGUGAGGUGGAGCGGUGCGCUCAGCUCAAGGGUCAGUUGAUAGAGUGUGAAGAGAAGUCACAAUGGAUGACUAACCACAUUGAGGACCUUAAGAUGCAGCUUCGCCAAACUCAACAAGCUCUUGAAAAUGAAGUGCUGCGUAACCCCAAGCCCUCUCUUGUUGAUCGUUCAGUGUUGGAGCUCAGCGCAGACAAGCUGGUUCCCCCUGACAUCUAUGUGGACAGGGCUCUGCUGAGGGCCAGGGUGGGUUAUGAUGGUAUUUGUGAAUUGGGCGGGCCCAUGCGAGGACACAAGGCGCCUUGGAGUGACUCUCCAGACUCCGACAUGGAGCUGGUGGCUGAGGCCAAGGCUCGGAUCCAGGAGCUGCAGAAAGAGGCUGAGACCUUGGAGGAAGCCUACAGGAACUACCAGCAGAGGGCAGUGCGCUCCACCAUCUCCCACAUGCUUCCCCCUAGACCCCUUUCCCCACAACCAACACAUCCUUCCCAUCACCCUGACCCUCCUCUAAGAAAGCAAGUCUCUCACCAUUCACACACCCACUCACCACACAAAUCUAAGGUCUCACACAGACCACUGUCUCCACAAACCACCAGAACGCCCUCCUCAACCUAUGACACCAGAAACACCAUACUACCUGCACAACCAAGAGUGACCUUCUUAGAAGACCAUAACCAACCACAGUUCACAGUUUUCCCUGAUAACAGUCUCCAGUCUUUAACUGAAGCCCUGUAUCUAAGAGAUGGACACUCUGAGGAUGGGAGCAACCCUCCACCCAGAUGUUUAUCCUCCCCACCACACUCUUCCUCUAGGCAGAAACUUCAAAGAGAGAUUGCAGAAGAAGCAGUUGUGUCUCCGGUGGCAUUCCCGGAGCUGCCGCCUGACAGACAGCUCCCUCGCGCCCCCCACAACGAGGUGGUGACCUCAGGUGACUUUUCCUCUGAGCUCAGUUCACCUCGAAGUCCUCAGCUCAAGAGCACAGCGCGAGACCAGUGCAGUCCACCAAAGCUACAGCCUGAGUUCUCCAGCUUGGAGUCUUCCCCACAGCCUGAGAAAAUAAGCCUUGAAGAUCUCACCGGGAUUUUGUCAGAGCCCAGCCACAUUCCAGAGCUUCUCCUGGACACUGUCGUCCCUCUCUCUGAGGAGGCCCCUGACGGCCCUGUCCCCCGCCCACAGGAACUCCCAGAAGACCCAAAAGACUUGCAGGCCCAGGCGGAAGUCCCACAAACCUUGGGUGAAUCAUCUGCUAGGGAAGAAGAUGAAGAGCAAAGGUGGGAAAGGGAGCGGAAGGAAAGGCAAGAACGAAGGCAAAGGGAGGAAGAGGAAGCCAGAGAGAGGGAGCUGCAAGAACUGGCAAGACUGGAGAGAGAGAUGCUUAUGCAACAGGUGGAGAAACCAGGACAGGAAGAAGAAAUUGGAAGUAAGAAAGGAGGAGAUUUAGAGCCAAAGCAAGAAGCGGAUGAUGACGGCGAGGAGUCUGAAAAUCCAUUGGAGAAAUACAUGAAGAUGGUCCUGGAAGCAAGAGAGAAGCAGCAUGCGCAAAGCCCUGUAAGAGAAGAAGCAGGACAUACAAGCCCAGAGGCUAAGAGUUUGUCUGAGGAGAAAGAUGGCAGUAUUGCAGCAUAUUCACACAAGGAUGAAGAUGAUGAUGAUGAUUUCUGGUGAGCUGGUUGUCCCAAAGUGCUAUCAUAAACUGAACUAUUUAAGCAUCUGUAGCCUUGCACUGUUAACAGGUGUGAAGCAUUUUAUUGUUUAUAUUUUAAGAUUGGGCUUUCAGUAUGUAUAUUUGACACACACUGCAUAUGUAUGAAUAAAUCAUAUUGGAUUUAUAA